AUGGGAGGUGUUGAUCCUAAAGAGCUGAGCGUUGGUGAUACUGGUGGUGCUGCCUUCUGCUGCCCAGGAGGAAGAGGCUCCACAUCAGAAACAGCAGCAACUGCCACUGGUGCUCCUGGUGCUGCUGGUGGCAGCACUGGUUGUGACACUAGCAGAGGCGAUGGUGGUGGUGGUGGUGGUGGUGGUGGUGGUGGUGGUGGUGGUGGUGGUGGUGGUGGUGGUGGUGGUGGUGGUGGUGGUGGUGGUGGUGGUGGUGGUGGUGGUGGUGGUGGUGGUGGUGGUCUAACUCUAGGCUUUGCCUUGAAAUUGAGCCUGCUUUGA